GGUCUGGAAUAAAUACUUAUUGAGCCGCAUGAGAAACGCACCUCGUUUGUAGACAUCAUCUCCAAAGGCAAUGGCACCAGCACCAAUUACAGAAGACUUCUAUAUGAUUCUUGAAGUCGAUCAGACUGCUAAAAUCGAGGUGAUCAACAAAUCAUAUAGACGGCUCGCAUUGAAGCACCACCCUGAUCGGAAUGCCGACCGCGAUACUACCGCAGCCUUUCAGCUACUAGGGAAAGCCUACGAAACAUUGAAAGAUGAACAAAAACGCCUAGCGUACGACCUCCUUUACCCCUCAAUACGACGUCGUCACACGAGCUCUUCAGCAUCUCGUCCGUCUCCCACUUCGGAUCCGCCACCGCCACCCGAACCGCCCAGCGAAACGAUACAAAUCGCUAAACUUGAAAAGGCGAAACAAGAUCGUCGAGCACAAUGGUUAGCCAGCAAGAGAAUCUUUGAAUCUUCCAUCUUCGAGCUCCAGAGAGACAUUCGGCGGAUAGAGAAUGAAAUCAAAGUGUUAAACGAUAUCUCCGCGGCAGAGGCAGCUCAAGAAGCGCGGGACAACAGUUGGGGCAGAUGGCUGCUAUCACCGAUAUACAAGAAAGCGCCCGUCAGCGAAGAAGAAAAGGCAAACAUAGAUAGGCGAAAGCAGGAGAGAAGACUCGAAAAGGACAUGAAGGAGAGGCGACUAGAUUCGAAACAAACGGAUUUAAAAAAGCAGGAGAAUCUCAUGAAGAAUCGCGAGGCUGAGGUCAGUGGCGCCGACACAUACGACGAUUGGAAAAUACGGUCACUGCAGACCAAGAUAAGGGAAAGAGAAACCAGGGCGAGGGAGGAGCGGGAAGCGAAGGAGAGGGCACAAAGGGAAGCGGAGGAGGCAGAGGCACGGAAGCGACAACAAGAGAUGUGGGAAAGGUGGCGGCGUGAAUCAGAAGAGCAAGCAAAAAAACGUCAGCGAGAAGCAGAAAAGCAAGCGGCAGAGUACGCGGCCGCAGCAAGAAAACGGCAGGAGGAGGCAGAAGAGGAGUUGAGAAAACGACAUGCGGAGUACGCGGCGGCGGCGCAGAGGCGACAAGAAGACCAAGACCGUGCAUGGGCGAGGGCGAGGCGGAGAGGUUCGUUCGACGACGAAGCACCACACAUUUCAAGGACUGUCGGCUGCAUCCACGACGGCUGGUGGCCGAAGGUACAGGGCCGCAAAGCAUGCCCGAGGUGCUCCGAGAUAUGGACCUAUCUACUGGAAUGUCCAGAAUGCAAGAUGAAAGCGUGCCCAAAGUGCCAAGCCGAAGUACGUCCGAGGAGGAGGAAUCCAAAUAGGUGGUGAGAGUAUCGUCACUUCGACUAGUUGGAGAUGCCCGCCUGUUCCUAUUUGGUUACAUAGGUUGCAGGCGUGAAAGGCGCUACACCUAAAGCAUGAUAAAUCUUCUCCUUCUUGCAUCACAACGCAAUUCUGUCGAACUGAAAAAUCAAUAAAGAAGUUAAGUGAAACUUUUAAAUUUGGAUAUCAGCCCCCUUAUGGGUUUCUGAGUAAUAUCGUCCCACUAAUAUGAAUAGAUACGUGGGCUGGAGGUUUAAGGAUUAGGAGAGUAGGCGGACGGAUGGCACUAUGUCUUUCGGGAUGGAUGGGCCUUACGAAGUGGUAGACUUGCGGAAUAAUGAUACCUUGAGAUGCUGACAGGGAGCGCCUGUUGAGACCGUAAGUGACAAACCUCCCGAUGAACAGCCGCAAUACCGGGUGUACUCCCUCAGGCAAGAGCUAAGUGGUAGGCAAGGAGUGUUACUAGCCGCGCAGUUAAGCUCAUCGCGAAGCAACUACCCGAGCCAAAGAGCGCUAUCCUAUAUAAUCGUAAGAUAGGUACAAGAGCAAGACAUGCAGAAUGUAAAGAACAUAUUUAUCUAUCUCUUAAAACACUAUAUAAAACCCUAUCUUAACUCUAUUAAAAUAAAGGUAACUUAGUUAUAUAAUAGGACAGGUCUGGAUGUGCAAUAGGGCCC